AUGGGAGCGUGGAAAAACAACGGGGUGAAGAAAAAUACAUUUUCUCAUAAAGACGGCAAUAUUGAAGCAGCAGCGCAAGGAGAUGUGGAUAAUACAACCAUGUACACGCUAGUGUGUAUUUAUUAUAAGAAUAAAACUUCUCCAGAUCUGAGAAAAUUUGUGUCUUAUAUAGAAGGCAAGUCACACAUUUUUUAGUCAAUAGUGAACUUCUUACGCAUACAUAUGUUAUCUUUGUAACAGUGUACGUUUUAUAUUUUUACGCCGACGCAUCGCACCGAGCAGCGGCGAUCCAAGCAUAGACUAACAUACACGGGAGCCUGCUUCUUUCAGGUUUGUUGGUAUGCCCCCCUCGCGAUAUUUAAUGGUUGCUAUAAGUCACUAAGAGGUUUGCUUCUGCAUUUUACAGUGACAAGUAUAGCAUCUAUUGGAAGGUAUUGAAAUGUGCCCUAUUUCCUAUCCCAACCCCCCAAUAAUAUAUUCUAAGAUCUGGAAGAUUGUAUAGGAAAUAAGUGAUGGUGUGUUUGUGCGCUUUAGGUAACAUGGUUCCAAACGCGAAUAGUUGUAGCAAAAACUGCCUCGUGUAAUAUCAGUGAAAUAUAUAAUAUGUUUAAACAUAGAUGCCUGGUUUGAAAUUGUGUUAUAUUGCUGCAUGCAUUUAUUUCUAAUUUACACUACUUAAGAUGGUACAAGAUAAUAUGGAAUCAUGAGUAUGAUUAAAACUUUUCUAUGCGAUUAAUUAUAUAUUAAUUUUCUUAAUGCCUUAUGAUACAAUAUCUGUUUGAUGGAGAUAAACACACAGUUAUGCCAGCUCCUGAUGGAAUACUCGGCAGACGCAGGCAUCUGCGUAUAUAAGAACAAAACCUAGUGUCCUGAAACGUGUGCAAGCAGUGUCUGAUAUCUCUGGCCCAAAAGAAACAUUUCAUCUCGUGAGCGAAGAGAACAGCGGUUAUUUACAAGCAGCAGCUGCUAGUGAUUUACUGCGCAACCAUGACCAGGCUAAAAACUGCAGAUCGAGAUUGUCGAACUCAAAACGGAACCUGAAAAAUGUUGAUUCUCUUGCUAUUCUUCUGCAGGAGUGCAAAAGACAGCAGAUGAGUCUAGGAGAAGAUCCUUUCAUAAGAGAUGUUAACGCAGCUCCCGAACUUCGUUGUGUUCUUGGUUUUGACUGGCAGCUUAAAGAAAUCGAACAGUUUUGCACAGAUCCGCGUAAUUUCACGAUUUUUGCCGCUGACCCAACGUUCAAUUUAGGAAAUUUUAAUCUUACUGUUACAACAUACCGGCAUUUGAAAGUUGUGACCCGCAGGGAUGACCAUCACCCUCUCAUGAUAGGACCUUUUCUUAUAAGCCAGUCAAAAACAUCGGAGACUUACAACUAUUUCUUCGGAAAGUUAACCGCCCUGAAUAAAAACUUAAAAAAUCUUCUUGGAAUAGGAACUGAUGGAGAGGAAGCAUUGAUUGAUGCCAUGAAGAAUAGUAUGAAUCAUGCAAUUCAUCUGCGCUGUUUUGGUCAUUUUCGCGAUAACUGCAAAACAAAGAGAAUCAAAUGUUUCAGAGGCAGUUCAGAAGACGUUUAUGCAUGAUGUGUUUGGAAAUCGACAGGGAGAAAUAUUUGAAAAAGGUACAGUGUACUACCAAAUUGGCGAGACCUUCUUUUAUCAAAUUCCCAUUUUGACACAAUAGUAUUUGCAACUGAUACAUAGCCUUCGGAGUCACGUGCCGGAAUUUCAAUAGAUAAAUGUAAUUAAACGAGAUAAAAACAUGUUCGUACGUAUUGGCAAAAUAAAAGGAAAAAUUUAAAAAAUGCAAACUCAGUACAAGGCCUACAUAAAAGUAGCUUUAACCUGCCCCCUCCCCCUACCAAAAAAACAGAAAUGUCUGUCAUCCAGUUAUGCCUGUAUGAAUAACCUGCUUGCAUGUGAUCAUGCAUUCGGAGCCGUACAUGGGACUAUUAUCGUUAUUUCUUAAAUUAGGUUAAACCAUCCAAAUUCCUGGUAACUUUUUAUAACACUGAGCAACAGACGUAAUCAAAAUGUUAUCUAAAACUAAGAUUGUUCUUGUUAUGAAGACUGACCCAAUGUUUAGGCCACGUUUACACUGUACUGGAUAGCUUUCCGUAGCGACGUGAAAAACACCUAUCCGACAUAGUGUAAACGCAGCCUUAAUCAAAGGAGGCCGGACUCACAGAUAACAUCAAAUGAAAGUGAUAAAAAUAAUUAUCUAUAGCAAUUUGCAGUUGUUUUUGCAAACCGAGCACCGUGUGAAUUUUGCCAUUUCACCCAUUUUUCAUACUUCAUUUGCCAAAUCAAAAGAACGAAUGCGUGCUCCAGCCCAAUUUCCGGUUCUGAAAGGCCCGUUUCACAGGCAAACAGUGCGCAAAGCAAGCUGGUCAUUUCCAUUGUUUAAUCAAACUGCCCCACACUCACCCCACACUCAAGUAACCACAAAGACUCAGAGCAACAUCCAUGCGUCAAAAAUUAGCGAAAAAAAACAAUUUAUUCUCUCUUAAUACGUACUUUUUAAACGAAUUUUUCGAAUAAAAUGUUAUUAAUAGUAGGCAUUUAUAAUUUAUGUCUGUGAUUUUAGGACUGGUUGACUCCGACAGCAAAGAUGAAUUGUACAGAAAGCUCGAUUCCCUGAAAGUGGUGUGGGAUGAGAGAGAAAGACAGUUCAUCAGCCCCAACCAAAGUCCAUCUUUUUCUACUUUUGUUUAUGAAAAGGUAUGAACACUUCUUAUAUGUUAUAGUAUUACUGAACUUAAGUCGAAAUUUAAAUUUUAAAUGAACUUCGAAUCAAUGGCUUGUUUUUGAAGACUGCAAAAGUUGAAUUUCCUGUGGAAGCUAUAAUUCAAUAUUUUGUUGAUUGUCAUUAAGUUUUCUUUGUCAUGUUGCUUAACCUAAUUAUUAGCCGAGACUGUUGCGGUGACGUACAAUGUUGAAAUAUUCCUACACUAUCAAUGUGCGCUAUUAAUUUAAUUUUAAUAAGUACAUUGUAGACAGAAAACUGAAACAUCGUUCUGUCUUAUAUGUAUGCAUAUUUAUUUUAUACCAGGCAAAUAUGAUCGUCGAACGUAUGCUGACCGAAGUCCGAAUGAACGCAGGAUUAGGAAACCCACCAACGCCAUUCUAUACCAACAUGCCAGAGUCGGCAAACGCCGUCAUUAAACGGGCAGUAAACUUUCAGGAGAGCGAGAUGGCUAGCUUUGCUUUAAAACUAGCACAGCUAAUUAAACGACAGAGAGAAGAUGUUAGAGGGGUAUUAUUAAAUAAUGGCCCUUACAAGUUGAUUGAUGAUUACACGCAUCUCCAGCUGACAAAGGAAAAGUGGUUUUCUAUGUCUUCCACCCAACGUACUGCCCACGAAAAUAAAUUUGAUAAGACGUGGCAAACUCAAGAUGAUAUUCAGGAACAGCAGGAAGAACAACAAUUCAUUACUAGUCUUUCAUUUACAGCAGAAGAAGCGAAUUUAACCACUGUUCCUCUGCAACAAGUCAAACACGUUUUUAACAAGGCUCAAUCACUGCUGUCGAAAGAAAAUACAAUUGUUUCUGCACCAGGAAGCAAUGAAAUGGCCUUUAUGGUAGCAAGCCAAAUGUCAAAAAGACUUCAUUACGUUUUAACGCGACAAAGUGGCAAAACAACUUGCGAAAACUGUCUGGGUUGGACGUCUUCAAGAUUCUACGGACAUGCCGUAGCUGUGGCAGAAAAGUUAGGAAAGCUUGAUAAAUAUUUAGACUGGUUAAGACGGCGUGACAAUCCUUUGAAUUUGACUACGUUGGUGACAUUUGACUCCAAUAAGGCGUUGGGAGAAAAGUAA